GUGAGAAAACGCCUGCUAAAGUUUGCAAUAGGGGUGGAGCAUUCCGGUGUUUCCUGCUGCCCAAUGGCAUCGCUCGGAGGUGACAAGGACGGCCCGAGGAGCAUCCGAGGAGUAUAAAAGCCUCGCUGGGGCCGAGGUCCGCCAGUGGGAGCGUCGCUGGCCGUCGCUCCAGUUGCUUACCAGCGUAGGACGCCAUGGCGCGGAGAGCUGCGCUGGCGUUGCUGCUCCUCCGGGUGCAGGUGAAGGUGACCACCGAGACCAACUUGGUUUCCAAGCAGAGCCAGGUGCCCCCUGGCCCUGAGUCCUGCGGGCCCGACGAGUACUGGUCUGCCGGCCACUGCUGCAAGCUCUGCCCUGCCGGCUCGUUUGUCGAGGAACACUGCAGGAGCCACCACACCCGUGGGAAGUGUACGCCGUGUGACAGAGGGACCUUCACGGCACACGCCAACGGCCUGGAUUCCUGCAACGUGUGUGCCACCUGCUCUGAGAAUGAACAAAUGGUGGCGGAGUGCACUUCCACCCGAGACCGGACAUGCCAGUGCCAAACGGGCCGUUUCUACCGCCCCCCGGGGGGCUUGGAAUUCUGCAGUCGGUGCAGCAAGUGUCCUAGAGGGAGCGUGGUCCUCAAGAAAUGCAACGCUACAGCAGACACGGUGUGCGGCUUGGCCGGUCCAGGCGGGAGACACCGGUGGUGUGUGAUUGGAAGCUUUCUAACUUUCCUGGUUAUUAUGAUCGUCACCUAUAUUUAUGCUCGAAAACGAGAAGAAAAAGGAUGCUGGGGUGCGUGCCAUCGUCUCGCCGUUGGAGACAGUGACGGAGGAGAGAGCAUGUUGCCUGAGAACUCAGUCCCUGGCACACCACUAAAUGGGAACCCAGAUGCAGAAUCUCCAUUUCCCACGAUGGCAGACCAUAGCCUGUGUAAUGACAGCCUAGACAUUGUGUCGGAGGCCUCAACCCCCACCAGGACCCCGGAGAACCCAGUGGAUGUCUGUGGCCCGCAGCUUGUGGCAGGGGAACGAAGUCGGGCACCAGAGCAGUCACCGCAAGCUGGCCCUUCUGUGUCCCCCUGGGGCCGAGGGUCCCGCUGAGAUCCUGACAGAUCUGGAACAGUCUUAGGAUUCUGGGAUGAGAACAUUCCCACUCUUGUCAAGCACUUGCAAGUCUGGGCGUGAAGCCAACCAGAGUUCGGAGGAGAGGCUUCCCAUUUGGGGAACCGGUCGGGCUUUUUUAGAAGCUCGAUUUCCUGCAUUUCUUUUCAUUUUGUUUUGCUCUCGGGGCCGACUCUGGGGCCUAUCCUGCGGGAAAUAAAGCAGGAAAAAAAAAAAAGACUGGCAACAGUUGUUAGCCUAGGUGCCAAUCUAAAAAAAAAAAAAAGGAAAAUUUUCGUUUUGCUAUAAGGUCCAAACAACUUCUAGGGCCAGUGUAAUGGGUCAGAAAUAUGCUGUUUGUGAGUGUUACUCCCUACAGAAAGGUCGUAAACGCUCUCUUAUGUGCCUCGGUUUCUCCCUUGGGCAGUCUCGCACCUCAGUGGGGCCUCAGAGCGUGAGUGACCAACCCUUAUGUGCACUUUCCUGAACCAGCCGUCAUAAAUUACUGUGAAUGAUGGUGGCGUUCCCUAUGGGGCCGCUGCACGUCACGGGGCAUUCGAUCCUCCAGCCCUCCUGCUGAGGCCCUCAGUUGCCUGAGAAUGCCUCUCGGCAGGGAGCAGCAGUGGCCGUUCAGACUCUGAUUUCUCUAUCAAGCAGUUUGUUCAGACUUGAUAAACACAAUUCUUUCCAAUUUAAAGCUAAAUUAAACAGGUCAGCCUGCCCCAUUCACUCCAAAGUUCCCACUAGGCUCCCCCGGCCUAGGCAUUCCCCCAGGGUUCUCACCGAGGGUGUGUCCUGGGGCCCCUAAGACACCUAGUCUUAAGGUUUGAAACAGCUCAUCUAACCUCUUGGACCAUCAACCUGAAAUAAGGACGUCCGGGUUUCAGGAGAACGCUCCAGGGUCACCUGAAGAACGCAGUGAUCCAGGGGGCUCAAUGGGCCCCUGUUGGUACCGAAUGCCAGUUCAGUGUAGAUUCCGGGUGU